UACCAUGUAGGGGAGCUCUGUCUCUCGUCAAAUCGCGGGGCAUUGUGGGGCGGAGGCGGCCUUUCUCUGAGUCCAGGCGAUCGGGAAAUCUUCAAGUAAAUAACGUUAACCGGGGGGAGGAGCAGUACAAGCGCAGCCUGCAAAAAAAACAACCAACACACCAAAACUGUGUUGCGCUUAGCUUUAAUUAUUACAAAUCGUUAAAUUACACCAAUAUGGGACAGGAGGAUCUUAUGAACACAGCCGAAGACGUGGCAGACCAGUUCCUGCGGAUAACCAAACAGUACCUGCCCCACCUGGCACGUCUAUGUCUCAUCAGCACCUUCCUGGAAGACGGCAUCCGCAUGUGGUUCCAGUGGAAUGAGCAGAGAGACUACAUCGAGGCUACCUGGAGCUGUGGCUACUUCCUGGCUACGUGCUUUGUGCUGCUUAACCUCAUAGGACAGCUGGGUGGUUGUGUCCUCAUCCUCAGUAGAAAUUUUGUACAGUAUGCCUGCUUUGGACUAUUUGGCAUCAUAGCGCUACAGACUGUAGCAUACAGCAUUUUAUGGGACCUUAAAUUUUUGAUGAGAAACCUCGCCCUGGGAGGUGGUCUGCUUCUGUUGCUGGCCGAGUCUCGUUCGGAAGGAAAGAGCAUGUUUGCUGGAGUCCCCUCCAUGGGAGAGAGUUCGCCAAAGCAGUACAUGCAGCUGGGGGGUCGAGUACUGCUAGUGCUCAUGUUCAUGACUCUGCUGCACUUUGACUCCAACUUCUUCUCUAUCCUGCAAAACAUGGUUGGAACUGCGCUCAUCAUCUUGGUGGCUAUCGGCUUCAAAACCAAGCUGGCGGCACUGACCCUCGUCGUGUGGCUUCUGGCCAUCAACGUUUACUUCAACGCCUUCUGGAGCGUCCCGGCCUACAAGCCCAUGCACGACUUCCUCAAGUACGACUUCUUCCAGACCACCUCGGUCAUCGGCGGUCUGCUGCUGGUGGUGGCACUUGGACCUGGCGGAGUGUCCAUGGAUGAGAAAAAGAAAGAGUGGUAGGCAAAGGGGUUAAGCUAAGAGGAUUGCACAGCACCGACUGGGACACAAAGACCCUCCCUCUCCUCCAGUUCCCCACAUCAGGGUACACCAGGUUUUUUGUUUUCUAGCUUAUUUUUUUAUUUGGCCAAAUCCACAGACACCACUUCACCCAUCUAUGGACAUGUUUUCUAUUUUCCUCCAAACUGCUGUAUUUGGUUUUUAGUUGACCAUAUACAAUGGCAGAUUUAUUUUCGAAACCCUUCUUGUAUGUCCUCUUUUUUUCCAUGACAACAAGAAUAAAAAAAGCCCGUUUAUUUCAAAGUGCAGGAUAAACAACCAGUGGAUGUUUCUGUGUGCAGAAAGAAUGAAAAUCAUUUAUUGUAUUUUAUGGGUGUUAGGCCAUGAGUUCUAAUCGAUUAAUGUUCAUAUUUUCUGAAUAAAACCAGCAUAUUGGAUCGAGUGCAGUAUUUUGGGUCCCUUCUCCCUCCCCCCCCCCCCAUGGAUGUUGAUCUUUUUCUGCCGUUGGAUCUUGGAGGUUCUGAGAUUACUCCCGAAUAUCGAACUUGUGCACUGAUUUGACAGCAACUUGCCUUGAAUCUCCAGGUUUCAUCUCCCCUCUUUUUUUUUUCUGACGCCCUAUUAUUUUUUUUUUUUAACCACCUUCAAUCUCAACUGACUCAUGUUCAUGGAGAGGCGAAUCUGGGGGGACGUGUACAUUGUAUACAAAGUGGUGGAUUGCAGUCGUGCUUGAUUGAAAAUUUCAACACAAGUUGUUAGCUCCAGAACUUGUUAUUGGUCACUUUGUACUGUACAUCUUUGGCAAAUGCAUAACUAGUGAACUGUGUAUGAUUGGGGAUAAUAGGGGGGAGACUCAACGUUUGUGAAACACAAUAUUCUGCGAUCUAGAAAAGCAAAGAGGACUAAGCAGAGUCAUUAGCCAUCUGGACUUUGUCUUUGCUCAGUGUUUUUUGCCCUGUGUAAGAAAAGUUAAAAUAAAAAAAACAUCAGUGUAUUGAUUUUCAGAAGUUUAUAUUGUAUUUUUGAUCAUUUGAUUUUGGAAGUUCAUGGCAACAUUAAAAGUCUAAAAUAUAAA